AUGAAACAGGUCUCCUCCUGUGGAGGCCAAGGGGCCCCUCAGCAGCAGCAGCAGCUGCAACAGCAUCAGCAGCAGCAGCAGCAAUGGCAGCAGCAGCAAUGGCAGCAGCAGCAGCAGCAGCAGCAGCAGCGGAAGCAGCAUGUGAAAACGAUGGUUUUUGAGUUGCUGCCGCACGUGGGGGCCUUCGUGUCUGCCUUUGCAGGAGUUGCUGCUGCUGCUGUCUGUGUCUAUCUGUUGAGCCUGCUGCAGCAAACCCAACUGCAGCAGCAAGCCGACCUGCUGCAGCAAGUUGUAGCAGCAGAAGUACUUGCUGCUGCAGCACUUGUAGGGGCCAGGGGCUUCCGCUGGCUGCUGUGUGGGGCCUACGAGGUUCAGCUGGAGGACCAGCAGCAAUGCCGCAGCAGCAGCAGCAGCAGCAGUAUUAGCAGCAGCGGCAGCAGCAGUAGCAGCAGCAGCAGCAGUAGCAGCAGUAGCAACAGCAGCAGAAACGGAAUACUCGUGAAUGCUGCUGUCUUUUCAUCGGCACUCUUCGCCCUCUGCUACGCCUCAUUUGCACUUGCUUCUGCUUCUGCUGCUGCUGUUGCUGCUGCUGCUUCCUCUAGAGACACUGCUUGGGGGGGCUGGUCAGCAGCAGCAGCAGCAGCAACAGUAGCAGCAGCAGGUGCAAAGACUCUUCGCGUUGCUCAUAUCCCCGUGUCUUUCUCCCUUCUUAGAAGAAUCAACGAAAACAGCAGCAGCAACAGCAGCAACUGCAGCAGCAGCAGCAAGAAGAGCAGCAGCAGCAGCAGCGUCUCUCAGUACAGGAGACUGCAUGUGUGUGCAGCUGACUUUCUAAGCCGCAUUUUAGCACUGCACGGCAGCAGCAGCUUGCUGCUGCUGCUGCUGCUGCUGUUGCAGCAGCGACAUUCGGAUGUGCAUCUCAGCAGCAGUUUGCUGGGGCCCCUUUGGGGCCUCUCUUUGCUGCUGCACAGUGCUGCUGUCUCUGCACAGACCUACGCUGCAGCACGUUGCAGCUGCGACCUAGCUGCUUUCAGCAGCAGCAGCAGCAGCACCAACAACAACAACAGCAGCAACAGCAGCCGCAAGAAGAACAACAACACCUACAGCAACAGCAGCAGCAGCAGCAGCAGCAGCAACAGCAGCAGCAGCUGCUGCUGCGAUAGCAGCAGCAGCAGCAGCAGCAAUAGUAGGUCGCUGUGUGUCGCUGUUACCGGAGCAGAAGGAGGCAUUUGUCUCCUCACCUGCCGGCUGCUGCUGCAGCGGGGGUUUGCUGUUGCUGCUUGCUGCAGCACAGCAGCAAAAGUCAAAACAACAGCAGCGCUGCUGCACAAAAAAACUUGCUCACACUACGGAGAACAGCAGCAGCACCAACAGCAAAAGCAGCAGCAGCAGCAACAUCUUCAGCAACAGCAGCAGCAACAGCAGCAGCAGCAGCAGCAGCAGGUAGACUCUAAAGAAGUGUCUCUAACCCAUACAAGGGAAAGCUCUGCAGCAGCAAAAACCAUGUUGCUGCUAACGAGCUGCGGAGCAACAGAGGGGCCCUCAGAUGGGGGGCCCCUUAGCAAAGUCUAUAAGGCUACUGCUGCUCUGGGGGCCCCUACGCACGUGUGCAGCAAAGACAGCGAGGGGGCCCCUAUUAUUAUACAGCAGUUCGUUAGGGGGGCCCUGGGGGCCCCCCGACUGUACGCAGUCAUCUAUGGGGCUGGGCUCUGGGCUUCCUUUCCUUUGCAGGCUGUUGCUCGGGAGGCUUUAAUGUCUGAAGCCCUGGGACAGUUUGAGGUAAAUUUCUUUGGGGGUCUCAGGGUGGUGCAUGCACUGCUGCCGUUGCUGCGCGGAGACAGCCUGCCUGCUGCUGAUGCUGCUGCUGCUGCUCUUCCUGCUGCUGAGGAGUCCUCGACAGCAGCAGCAGCAUCAGCAGCAGCAGCAUCAGCAGCAGCAGCAGGUGGUUCCUUAGCUGCUGCCUCCGCAUCGUUUGCAGCAACAGCAGUAACUCCAGCAGCUGCAAGGACAUGCAACGCAGCUGCAGCAGCAGAAGCAGCAGCAGAAGCAGCAGCAGCAGCAGCAAGUGAAGGUGCUUUGAACUUCAGGGCCAUGCUGCGGAGCUGUCUCCUCAGCCAGUUAGGUGUCUCCUUUAUGCUGCCCAGCCGCAUUAUAUUUAUUGGGUCUGCUGUUGCUGCUGCACCGCCUCCGGGGCAGACAAUCUAUGCAGCAACAAAAGCAGCAGCAGCAGCAGCUGCAGCAGCACUCAGCUCAGAACUCCGCAGCCAGAAUAUCAGGGUGGUUUGUGUAGCACCGGGAGCAGCAGACACGGGUCUCUUCUCUAGGAGGCGUCCCUUCAACAGCAGCAGCAGGGGCCCCAAGGGGUCCCCCCAGCAGCAGGUGCUUGACAAGCAAUGCGGUAAGCCAACCGCAGCAACAGCAGCAGCAGCAACAGCAGCAGCAGCAAUAGAAGCAGGAGCAGCAACGAUAGAGGUCACUUAA